AUCUCUCUUUCUUAUCACCUCUUCCACAUCUCCAAUCUAGAAGUGUUUUUGCUUCAAUGGAAACUCAAAACCAAUUAGCUGAAACAAAAAUUCCUCAAGAAUUGCUUCAAUUUUCAUGUCUACCAGAUGAAAUCAUCAUUGAAAUACUCUUGAGGUUACCAGUAAAAUCUCUCUUGAAAUUCAGGUGUGUUUCAAAAUCUUGGCUUUCUUUACUCUCAACUCCAUAUUUCAUCAAUACCCAGAUCAAAUUUUCUGUUAAAAAAUCCAAAAAUGUGAAUCUUAGACUUGUUAUAGUAGCUUCAGUAUCUGGUUUAAUGGGUAAAAUGUGUUCUGUUUACUCUCUAGAUUAUGAAAAUUCCUCUGUAAAUGUUGAUAAAAUUGAUUACCCAUUAAAAACCCCUUUUAGAUCUGCAAAAUUUUUGGGUUCUUGUAAUGGGUUGAUCUGUUUAACCCCAAUGUCAUUUAAACUUAUGAUAUGGAACCCUGUUACUGGAAAACACAAGGAAUUUCAAGAUUCAUUUGUUCAAUGUGCUGUAAAUUGUUAUAUUAGAUAUGGGUUUGGUUAUGAUCAUGUUAAUGAUGAUUAUAAGAUGGUUAAGAUCUUUAGUUUUCCGCGAAAUGAGGGGAAAUAUGAGAAUAAGGUUAAGAUUUAUAGCUUAAAGGAUGAUUCUUGGAAAAUGGGUGAGGGGUUUGGUAGUGGUUAUGUUAAUGCACAAACCGGGAUGUGUUUGAAUGGAUAUCUUCAUUGGGAGGUAAACCAUUGUCACGACUCUGGUGGUGGUGGUGGUUCUGGUGCUUGUUCGGAGAUUAUGACUUUGGAUUUGGCUAUGGAGACAUAUGGGGUAAUGGCAUUGCCUAGUUGUGGAAAUGGGAGUACUAGUUGGUCGUUGAGUGUUUUAAAUGGAUGUUUAGUUGCUUGUUGCAACUAUGAGCCGGAUAGGACGGAUAUGUGGGUGAUGAAGGAGUAUGGUGUGGAGGAGUCGUGGACUAAGUUGGUUUCUAAUCUCACGGCUCCCCCUGGUCGUUUAGGUUAUGUCUCGCCUUUGUCUGUGUCGGAGAAUGGUGGUGAAGUUUUAGUGAGGCUUGGUACUAAUAUAAGUUUGUACAACGCGAGGAAUGCUUCACAUGAAUCAUUGGACAUUCAUUCAUUGGGUUAUUGUCUUCAAGUACAAGCGAUUACUUACAAUGAGAGUCUAGCUUCGCCUAAUGUUGGUGAUACGUAGUUAGCUCAGGAGAUUAUGACUUUGAGUUUGGUUACUAAGAUGUAUAAUGGGAUAGUGGCGUUGCUUAGUUGUGGAAAUGGAAACUUCCGUUGGAUAAUAGUUGCAUGUUGCAACUAUUAUCCGGAUAGGAAGGAUAUAUGGGUGAUGAAGGAGAACGGUGUGAAGAAUAGUCUCUCUU